AUGCAUUCGUCAUCUGAAAACACCGGUCCCUCUACGCUCUCGCUGCACGCCGAUGACCCGGUGAAUGUGGUCACCGAUGUGGCCCCUCCGCUCCACGUCGCUACCACGUUCCGGUACCCCGACAAUCCCGAGCAUCUUGUGCCUGUCGCGGACGCAGAAAAUUAUAAUGAAGACCCCCACACGCACAUUUAUUCCCGCCUUUCCGCCCCUAACUACACCCGUUUUGAAUUCAUCCUCUCGUCGCUGCUCCACGGUCACGCUGUCAGUUACUCGUCUGGAUUGUCCGCUCUGAAUGCUGUACUAGUCUUGCUGAACCCCAAACGGGUUUCCAUUGGCGCUGGAUACCAUGGCUGUCACGGUGUUGUCGAGAUGUUUAGCCGAUUGACGGGGCUAAAGGAGUUGAGCCUUGACUGCCCAGCGGAGGAAUUGCAAUCCGGUGACCUGAUCCUCCUCGAAACCCCGGUGAAUCCCCAUGGCACGGCAUUCGAUAUCGAAACAUAUGCGAGGAAGGCGCAUUCUCGGGGAGCAUACUUGAUGGUCGACAGCACCUUUGCGCCGCCCAACCUGCAGGAUCCAUUCGCAUGGGGCGCGGAUCUGGUAAUGCACUCUGGUACCAAAUACUUCGGUGGACACAGCGACAUGCUCUGCGGAGUGAUUGCCACAAAAAAUGAAGACUGGGCCCGUCAACUGCGCAAGGACCGCUUAUUCCUAGGCAGCGUGAUGGGCAACAUGGAAGGCUGGCUCGGCGUCCGCAGUCUCCGAACCCUGGAAGUCCGCGUCCAACGCCAAAGCCAAAACACAGACAAACUAGUCACCUGGAUCCACAACGCCCUCAACACACCCAACCCUGCCCCAGACAGCGACGAAGCCGCCGUCCAAGCAAACCUUGAGUCCGUCUACCAUGCAAGCCUCCAAACCGAACCCUUCGUCCGCAAACAGAUGCCCAACGGUUUCGGUCCCGUCUUCUCCAUCCUCAUGAAGAAGGAAGACCAGGCAAGACGACUGCCUAGUAAACUCUCGUUCUUGCAGCACGCGACUAGCCUGGGCGGCGUGGAAACGUUGAUUGAGUGGCGGGCGAUGUCUGAUCCGACAGUUGAUAGACGGUUGCUGAGGAUUAGCGUCGGGUUGGAGAAUUGGGAGGAUUUGAGGGGGGAUUUGGUGGGGGCGUUUAAGGAGAUGGCCUAG